AAUUCUGGGAGAGAAAAAAAACUUGAGUUCCCUCCAUAAAAAGGAAAACAAUAAAUAAUCACAAUUCUCUUCUAUUAAAUUCAUUGCGGAUUUCAAUUUUUUCUCUCUCUCCCUCUUUCAACAUGCUGUCAAGUCCGUCAUCUCUCUCUCUCUCUCAAAAACAAAAAAGUGUCAUUUUCUAGUUUUCCAACUCAACUGAGCAGCUCCAAUAAUCAGACGAAAGGGACACUUUGGGUGGGGUGAGAGUAUAGUUUGGGAAAGCUUUGAAAUUUGGAGAUCUGGUUAAGAACAGAGCUAGGGUUUAGUUUGGCUGGGGAGAGUUUGGGUUUUUUUUUUUAAUGAAAAAGAAGCAAGAUCUGAGCUUCAUCAGGCGCUGCUGAGUAAAGGGUAGUUCCCUUUUUUCUGGAUGUUGAUUUUAACUUAAGCUGAGAAGCUUCCGGUGGAGAAGGGGGGGUGGGGGGUGGGUGGGUUCUUUUCCUUUUAGAUAUGGCUAUUGUACGACCCGUGAGGCUACUUCAAUAAAUUUUCCAUUCAACCACUCCUUUUUGUGGUUUUAUUUUGAGAAAAAAGGCACCCUUGUUUGUUUUGAGAUUUGAAGAAUGAGACUCUCUUCGUCAGGGUUUAAUCAGCAAACUCAGGAAGUAGUGAAAGAUUUAUGUGUAGGGGAGAAGAAAUGUUUGAAUUCGGAACUCUGGCAUGCAUGUGCGGGUCCUCUGGUGUCUCUGCCACCUGUUGGAAGCCGCGUUGUUUACUUUCCCCAAGGUCACAGUGAACAGGUUGCUGCUUCAACCAACAAGGAAGUAGAUGCUCAUAUACCAAACUAUCCAAGCUUACCCCCACAGCUUAUCUGUCAGCUUCACAAUGUGACUAUGCAUGCAGAUGUAGAAACAGAUGAAGUUUAUGCUCAAAUGACCUUGCAGCCACUGAGUCCGCAAGAGCAAAAGGAUGUGUACCUACUGCCCGCAGAACUGGGUACUCCCAGCAAACAGCCAACCAAUUAUUUUUGUAAAACACUGACAGCAAGUGACACAAGCACCCAUGGAGGAUUUUCUGUUCCUCGUCGAGCUGCAGAAAAAGUCUUUCCUCCUCUUGAUUUUUCCCAGCAACCUCCAGCUCAAGAGUUAAUUGCGAGGGAUCUUCAUGAUAAUGAGUGGAAAUUUAGGCAUAUAUUUCGAGGCCAGCCGAAGAGGCAUCUUCUUACAACUGGGUGGAGUGUUUUUGUUAGUGCAAAGAGACUUGUUGCUGGUGAUUCAGUCCUUUUUAUUUGGAAUGAGAAGAAUCAAUUGUUGUUGGGUAUCCGGAGAGCAAAUCGUCCUCAGACUGUUAUGCCUUCUUCUGUUUUAUCAAGUGAUAGCAUGCACAUUGGUCUUCUUGCUGCAGCAGCUCAUGCGGCUGCAACCAAUAGUCGCUUUACUAUAUUUUAUAACCCAAGGGCUAGUCCUUCCGAGUUUGUCAUUCCUCUUGCCAAGUAUGUUAAAGCAGUCUAUCACACCCGGGUUUCUGUAGGCAUGCGGUUUAGAAUGCUGUUUGAGACAGAAGAGUCAAGUGUCCGCCGAUAUAUGGGUACAAUAACUGGCAUUAGUGACUUGGAUCCUGUUCGCUGGCCAAAUUCUCAUUGGCGCUCCGUUAAGGUUGGCUGGGACGAAUCCACUGCAGGAGAGAGACAGCCAAGAGUAUCCUUGUGGGAGAUUGAACCAUUAACAACCUUCCCUAUGUAUCCAUCAUCCUUCCCCCUGAGAUUGAAGCGACCAUGGCCGUCUGCGGUACCCUCCUUCCAUGCUUUCAAAGAUGGUGAUAUGAGUAUCAAUUCCCAAUUGAUGUGGCUUCAAGGUGGGGUUGGAGAUCAAGGAAUUCAGUCUUUAAACUUCCAAGGUUUUGGAGUUGCACCCUGGAUACAGCCAAGGCUUGAUACUUCUUCAAUACCAGGUGUACAACCUGAUCUUUACCAAGCAAUGGCUGCUGCCGCGCUUCAGGAAAUGAGGACAGUUGAUUCAUCCAAAAUAGGCUCUCAAUCUCUCUUGCAAUUCCAGCAACCCCAGAGCACAUCCAAUGGGUCGCCUUGUCUAAUUCAAAGGCAGAUGUUGCAGCAGUCCCAAACACAAAAUGCCUUUCUUCAGGGUUUUCAGGAGAAUCAGACUGCUUCACAGGUUCAGCUUCUGCAGCAGUUGCAGCGUGCCAAUUCAUACAAUGAUCAGCAACAACAGCAACAACAGCAGCAACAGCAACAGCAACAGCAACAGCAACAGCAACAGCAACAGCAACAGCAUCAACAGCAACCGCAGCAGCAACAGUCUCAACAAACACAGCAACUGCCACAGUUUUCUGUUCCUCAACAGAUUUCUAAUGUAAUCCCUGCAUUUCCUUCUGCAUCAGCCAAUCAGGUCCAGUCCUCAUCUCUGCCAGCUGUUGCUUCACGAUGCCAGCAGCAGACAUUUUCUGACCAUCUUGGGAAUUCUAUAGCCACAUCUGAUGUUUCCUCUAUGCAAAGUAUCUUAGGUUCAUUAUCCCAUGCUGGAGCUUCCCAUUUACUCAACUUGAGUGGAUCAAACCCAAUUAUCUCUUCUUCUGCUUUAUUGUCCAAACCAGUAGCCAUUGAACCGCAGCUUUCAUCUGGACCUGCUAACCGUGUACUGCCCCAGGUUGAACAGUUGGGAUCUGCACAGUCAAAUGUAUCCGAACUUUCUAACUUAUUACCUCCAUUUCCGGGAAGAGAGUAUGCUGCUUACCACGGUUCAACUGAGCCACAAAACAAUCUUCUGUUUGGGGUUAGCAUUGAUUCGUCAUCUCUUAUGCUGCAGCAUGGGAUGACAAACCUGAAAAAUAUCCGAAAUGAAAAUGAUUCAUUGUCUCUGCCAUAUGCUGCUUCGAAUUUCACAAGUGCUUCUGGCACAGAUUUUCCUCUUAAUUCAGAUAUGACUACCUCAAGUUGUGUAGAUGAAUCUGGUUACUUGCAGUCUUCUGAAAAUGUGAACCACGUAAACCCUCCAACCAGAAUGUAUGUGAAGGUUCACAAGUCAGGGUCCUUUGGGCGCUCAUUGGAUAUUUCCACGUUCAGCAGCUAUGAUGAGCUGCGCUUUGAGCUAGCUCGAAUGUUUGGUCUUGAAGGCCAACUAGAGGAUCCUCAGAGAUCAGGCUGGCAGCUUGUAUUUGUUGACAGGGAGAAUGAUAUUCUUCUCCUUGGUGAUGACCCUUGGCAGGAAUUCGUGAACAAUGUGUGGUAUAUCAAGGUACUAUCUCCACUUGAAGUGCAACAAAUGGGGAAAGAAGGCCUGAAUCCUGCCGCCUCCGUCCCAAGCCAAAGGCUCACCGCUGCCAAUAGCAGCAAUAACUGUGAUGUCUACAUGAGUAGACAGGAGUUGAGAAGUUCUGGUAAUGGGGUUGCAUCCUUGGGGUCUCUUGAAUACUAAAGGAAAAUGCUCCUCAAGGCUUAAGUUGGGGCAUUGAAAAUGAAUGUUUAUACCUGUUUUAUGGUACUGUUUGUGCUUUGUAGCCAUGGAUUGCUAGAAUUCUAUUGAACUUUUAUCCUUUGUUGUGGUCAUAAAAAUGGGUAUGGCCUUCGUCUGGCUAAGUUGAUAUUAAAGGUUGUCCAGAAUACCACUACUGUUACUGUAAAUUAUAGUAGGAAAUAUUUCCAACUUUAUAUAGCAGUAGUUAAGAAAACAAGGUUGUAUUAGGGAUAAAUCCCAUUAUGCUCUAAGCAGUUUGUUUGCUGUCCUGUAAUUUUAUAUUUCAUAUCCAGUUUUUAUGACAUUAUUAGUUCACGAGUGAACAUCUUAUUUGAACUUAGACGACUGUACCAAGUCUCUUUUA